UCCCUGGCCUCUCCUAUCAAGGGGCAAGGAUGGCGGUUAACAACCCCCUAUCCUUGCCGCCAAUCUUGCCGCAUAAAUCCAUCUCUGGUAAGUAUGUGCCUAUCUUAUCAAAUUUGAUCUAAUUAUCUUUCCACACUCUUUCAUAUAAUAACCAGAUAAUUUUUUCCGAACCUCUAUGUCUUUAUUUUUGGAUAAUUUGAGGCUCGAGUGUUUUUAAUUUUGUUCUUUUUUCUUAGAUUGAGAUUUCGGAAAUCGCAGCUUGUUAAUAAACUUAACAAGCAGCUUGUUAAAAUACAAUUUGCCGACUGUUUCAAACAAUGUCUUUUUUAUUGGUCAUGAUACUUCUGUUUUCUUUUUAGAUGUUUGUUGAAAUGAUGUUUCCAUUCACGAGCUCUGACGCAGGUUUGAAAAUGGGGGGUCAAGGGACAAGUUAAAGACCAUAGUAAAAGUUUUUGAGAAAAAACUCUAUUGUUUUGCAAAAAGUGGGUGGCAAUGUAAUUGUUUCUCAUACUAGCAAAUAAGUUAUCGUGAAAAUCCCAAUGAUUUUCAGUGGAAACCCCCAUCCCAGAGGUAUCAAUGGUUUCGUGCAUGUAAACGAGGUUUUUGAUGAGGCGAAUUUCGAAAUGCAGACUGUUCUCAGAUUGCACUUCUACGAUGUCUCCAUCGAGAGGUUGAGACUUGCAACAUGGGUUAGAUGUUAGAUAAGGCAAUAAUUCAAAUUUAUUUCGAAGCCCUUAUUUUUAUUCUCUGUCCUUCACUUGAACUAUGAGUGCAGAGUUUUGUUGUUGGAAGAUGCAUUCGUGACGUCACACUUGACCAUGGUGAUUAAGGACAAUUUGACGUUUCAUUAAUCAUCCAUCACUAAUUGAGGGCAUUGGAAUUCUAAUUUACUUCCAUUGGUUACAUUGUAACGCACGGAAAAAGAUCGGAAACGCUAUUUGGACGUCUGCAACAAACAGAAGUGGAAUAAUUUUUCGUCAAUAACUAGAUAGCUAAAGUUGGUACAAUAAUAAUUUAAUCGAGUUUUCCUGAUUGGAAAAGAUGUACUUAGAUGAAACAUCGAUUUAAACGAAAAAAUAAAAUCAUGAGGUCAGCUGGUGAUCUUAUUUAUAGUGGAGCUGAAAGAUGUGACAAAAUUUGGAGCAAGGUUGGGUUAUUUAUUGUGAUAGUAACCUGUUUGUUGACACCAGUGUCAGUGCUUUACAGGAACCCAAGGUACCUCUAUGCGGAAUCGGGGUUUGCUGAUGGGGGUGAUUUAUACUCGCAUUUCGUUGAAGCUAACCAUGUGAAAGAUCAGUUGCAGAAUGGUAUUGUAAACUUUUGGUUCAAUCAAGCUUCACUUGGAUAUCCAAUGUUUACUGCAUAUCAACCACUACCCUGCUUCCUUAUGGCCAUAGCUAUGCUGGCUUUGGAAAGUUUUAUGUCACCUCUGCUUGUAUUCAGACUGAUAUUUGUCACAGUCAUAUCACUGAUCCCAGCAUCAUUGUACAAAAGUGCCAAACUUCUUGGACUGCACCCAGUACAACAGAUCUCAUUGUGCCUUUUAUCAUUUGCAAUUCAAAGCUGGAGGAAAUUUGGUUUAGAAAUAACAGCCUUUGUUGAAUAUGGACUCAUGACACAAGCAUUUGGAAUGCUUAUGCUAUUUCCAGCAGUAUCUUUAACAUACAAAUGGAUAUUUGUGGAAGAUUGCCAGAUGCAGCAAGCAAUACCUCUGAUGCUUAUGAUAGCUGUUACAUUGUUAUCAAAUUUCUUCUUUGGCAUUUUGACAUGCAUUCUUGCUGGAGUAAUGUUAAUAGUAAAGUUGGUCCAUGUACAGUCUACUUCUGAAAGGAUAUUUCCAAGAAUUGUCAACUUUGCGCACAUGAUUCUCAAAAGCAUGGCCUUGAUCUCCUGGUGGAUAUUCGCUUGCCUAUGGGGGUAUAACUACAUUGGUGGUCUGCCAUGGAGAGGAGAGAGUGAGGAUGGAUAUCCAUUUAACUACGUUAUAGAAAAAUUUACAGAAGGAGAGAUUUUUGAUGCACAUCGGUUUUUACCAUGGUUUACAAUCCUGUUUAUCAUGGGAAUAACCUUAGAAUGCCUGAACCUGAUGCCUCAGAUGUAUGGAAACUCAAAGUGCUCAAAGAAAGAUCAAACAUACAGCUUAUGGAUAAUUUCAUCAACUUUUGUUAGUUUUGCUUUAUUUCUUGGAAGAACUACAUUUUCUGGUCUUUAUAACUGGAUUCCACUACAUACAGAACUAGAAGCAGUUAAAUAUCUUAGUGCAAUACAUUUCUGCGGGCUUCUACAUGUCUCUUAUGCUAUUUCAAGAAUAGUAAACAAGUUGGCUGCUAUUCUGAAUACGUUACUGACACUGCCAGUGUUUCUAAAAAAGCUGGCUACGAAACUCCGUAAAUCACAUAAUGACAGUCAACAGCAAACAAAAGUAUGGAAAAAAGCCAUUGUGUAUGGCCCUGUUAGAAUAUAUCAGUACCUUUCAGCCAAUAAGCUGUCUGUCAUUCAAUUUUUAUUGGUUUUGGGAUUGGCAUGCUUCUUAUGGAGAAACCACUUCAAGACUGUAUCAUCACAUCUAACUAUGACUGAAGUAAGACAAGAAUUCAUUGAGAAGUUAGAAAGUCUAAAAAAAGGAAGAACAGAGGGGCGGAUGCUUGGGCAUAGAGGUUUUGGCUCUGCAAGUUCAUUUGAUCUCGCAUUUCUUCCACAUUACACUGGAAAAGCAGGCCUGAUGACGUAUUCUCGGGGGUACCACGACAGCUUGUCAGUUUUCUACCUUGAGUCUCUCAGGUUCAAUCCGGACAGAAUGCAGAUAUUUGCAAACACACUUCGACUUUAUAAUGUCCAUUUCAUUGCGACAUCAGAUAUUCAACUCGAUGAGGCAUUCGUGAAGGCCUGUCAGCUUAAACAAAUAGCAAAGGUCGAGGACUUAAUCUUCUAUGAAGUUCUUCACGAGGAGAAUGACUACGGCUAUUUUGAUUUCGUACGUCUCCCUGGCUAUAUCAGUGGAGAUUUGAAGUUGAUUCGCCAAGUCGUACUACGAGUGUCAGAACUGUACAAUGUAAACAGUCUCUUACUUAUAAAUCCCAAGCGAACCAUAGCUGUGAAUGAUAAUGUUGUGGCUGAUGUUGAGAAAAGAUCAUUAUGGAAUAACUUCUAUGGACAAUCAGAAGAAAAACUGCAAGUGACUUGGUCAUCAAACGGAGUCCAAACUGACUCCGAGACUUUGCUGGACAAAGUUAUCAAGUCUGACUCUUGGAAAUGGAUAUACUCACAAGUUGUCGAAGAGAGAUUUGUCGGUGUAGAUUAUCAAGCGAUAGUUCAUGUUUCGGAUAGGGGACAGAGCCUUGCUGACAUGGAGCAUUUGCUACUGAAAGUCACUUAUCAUCCAUUUUGGAAAUGCUUUUACUAUCCUGUCUCGCGGGAUUUCACACUCGACAUGUUCCAGACUCCCAAGCUACUCGAUGGAAAAACAUACACAAAUAUCAAUCAUGUGACUCCUAAUCUCAUGUCAGUAUCAUUGCCCCCAGGAAGGUACCUUGUGGUAUUCACGUAUCGUUUUCCAGGAAUUCUAAAAAUUCUUGCUUUCUUCUGUGGCUGCUGGUACGUGCGGCUAUUGACUGAAUAUAUGUGGGGUUUUAAGACAUGCAAAACUAGCAUAAACGGCAAAAGUAACAAAUGUCAUUUAAACAAACAACAAACAUCAAACUCGCAUUGUCAAAUUGAUUCUGAACUAGAAAUCGACACAAAGUCCACCGUCAAGGCGAAGAAACUCAAUGGAAACCCAGAUAGAUUUAGAAAGGCUCGCGAGUCGCUUUAUGUCAAGUCUUCUGCAGAGGAUGUUGCAAAUGAUGUUACAGAGAUUUUUACUAACGAAAAUCCUGCACAGCAGUCUAAAAAUCUAGAAGCGGAAGCUGAUGGUAGCGGAAAAGCGUGGAAAGUUACCGGUCGUUUAAGAUCACAUAGCAUUGCAGCUGAAAAUAAGCUGAAGAACCAAACACUGACUCUGUUGAACUCGUUACCUGGUGCCACAAAGCCUACAGGUUUGCAAACAAUUUCUAGUGAUGAAAGUGGGGAAUGGAUUGAUCUGACGGGUAAGAUUUCUCGCGAAAGCAAAGAUACAUCAGACGACAGUAAGUCGGAUAAGUCGGAUGAAAGUGAUAUCAGCUCAGUGAGGUCGGAUGAAAGUGAUGUCCGGUCGAGCGAUAGGAGUAAUAGAAGUUCUGGAGAGAUUGCACCAUCUAAUGAAUCUAGAUUGCUCAUGACUACUGGACAAAGACAAGAGUCUAUCAACUCUACUACAAGUGAUUUUGCCAGCUCUCCAAAUGAUCCAACUGUAAAUGGUGAGAUGCUAGACGCUAAUGCAAAUAUUUUGUCUGACGCUUGUGAAAUUGUUCAAGACUUUUCGGCUAAUAAAGACUCGCUCCACAAAGUAGCCGCCAUUCUACAAUCCAGCUCUUCAGAGUCCGUUGAUCAGAACGAUCAUAAGAGCAUUUCCAACCUGCGAAGUAGGCUUGAAAAGCUAAACAAGGACGAUUCAGAAGAGAAGACACCGAGACAAGAUGGCGGCAAGAUUGUAAAAGAAUUGCGACAAACAUACCUGAGACAAAGGAGAAACACUUUAUCAGCUCUUCCAAGUCUAAGAAAGUAGAAUUUUUUGAUAUUGUAAAUGCAUAAUUUAUUUUCAGUUCGAAGAAUGUUAGAUAAUUUAUAAUGACGUGGCUUUUCAGCAAGAAUUGAAGAAUUUUAAUCAUU